UAUGAUAAAUAUAGACUCGUCGCAUCAUUAUUAUUUAUGUAAUAAUACUUAUAAGAAAGUUAGAAGACUAUUUCCCCACUUUCUUUCUCUCUCUAUCUAUCUCUCUCUCUCUCUCUCUCUCUCACUCUCUCAUUCAAAUUAUAUAUUACAAAAAUAUUCUUCUUAUUAAUUUAAUAAUUUUUAAACGAUUCCCAGUUAAAUUUAUCCUCAUUGUAUACUCAUUGCAUCUUCAAUUCUUAGCAGUAACUAUGUCUCGAGUAUAAUAAAACGCAAAGAUAUUUCUCUCUCUCUCUCUCUCUUUCUCUCUCCCUCUCUCUCUCUCGUACCCAUGUAUUCGCGGUCUAUCUUCUGCCCGCCACUGGUAUCGUUACCCCCACCCUUAUUACUCUCCUCCUUUUCUCUCUCACUCACUCUCUCUCUCUCUCUCUUUCACUUUUUCUCUCUUUCUCUUUCUCUCUUUCAUUCUAUCUCUCUCACUCGCUUGCCUCUCGUCACAGCGUAUAGUUCGACGAGGCGCGCGCGCGCGAGCGGACGAGCGAGAGCGGUCGGUUCGCACAGUGCGCGCUGGCAGCGCGCACACGCGCGCGCUCAGUGAUCGCGAUUCGCGACAUCCCGCGGGACUGGGAGUCGUCCGCCGUCAGCUGCGGCCAAUAAUCUUUAACUUUUCUUUUCUUCUGUUUUUUUAUUAAUUUAUUUUUUCCCCCCUAUUCUUUUUUCUUUUUGUUUUUUCUUUUUUCCUUUUUUUCCUUCCGUUCUCUCGUCGCGCGCGCGCGUGCGCGAGCGCGCUUUCUCCCCUCCCUUUUUUGGUUUCUCCGAUUCCCUCUCUGUGUUCCUUUGAUUCUUUUUUUUUGUCUUUUUAUAUUUUUUUCCUCCCCUCCAGUUUCUAUCCUUGUUUCGUUCUAAUAAGUGUCUCCGUUUUUUCGUUUUUGUUUUUCUUUUUUUUUUUUUUUUGUUUUUUCUCUCUUCUCGAAAGAAUUUUUCGAGGUUAAGUUACGCUUUGUUGUUCGGUUAAAAGAAAAGAAAAGGAAAAAGAAAAGAAAAGAAAAGAAGAGGAAAAGAAAAGAAGAAGAAAAGAAAAGAAAACAAAAGACAAAAUCGGCGCCAUGUUGUUGAUGUGCGACAGAGGAGGAUAAUAUACAAAAUUGAAGAGGGAGAGUGGGAGAGGGAGGCAGUGUGAGAGAGAGAGAGAGAGAGAGAGAGAGACAGAAAAAAAAGUAAGAAGAUGAAGAAGAGAGAGAUGGAAUGAUCAUUUUCGAAAGGAGGAAACGUCCGCGUGUAAAAGAGAGAGAGAGAGAGAGAGAGAGAGAAAGAGAGAGGGAAAGAGAAAGAGAGAAAGAGAUACAUCGAGUUAUAACCUUGUUUACGAAGAAAGUGUAUCUACGAGAAAACGAGCUUUGUAAAGUAAAGUGGGGGGGAGGGGAAGGAGAAAGAAAAAGGGAAAAAAAAGAGAAACAAAAAGAAAGAAACAAAGAAAAAGAAGAAAAACCGAGAAUCUUACUCUCCCCCCUCCUCCAUCCCCAUCGUGCACCAACGUCGUCCUCCUCUCUGACCCCAUUUCCUCCUCCCCACCCUGUACCAUCCGUUUUUCUUUCUUCUUUUCUUCUUCUUUCCUUCUUCGAUCUCUCCCUGUGUUAGAAUGGACGAAUCUGGAAUCGACAUGGGAUUCGAUCUCGCUGCCCUUACCGAUAUCGACACAACGAAUGAUCAACACGGAUUUGGUGAGGACGAUUUCGAACAGGCAUUAUCCCUACUCUCGACCACUACGAAAGAUUUUAUGUAUUACGAGUUGAAGAGCCGCGCUCCGGACACCGGCAGAUGUCAAAUUAAAAUUCUUCGAAACGAAAUGAAAAUGGAGAAACGUUGGUUAGGAAUGCUCGACGAGGUACGAAAGAGACAAAUGGUUCGUGAAUAUAUAAAAGUAUGCAUAUUUAAAACAAACGAUUAACUCAAAUGACAGAACAAAACGAGGAUGGAAUUGUUAAUAGAAACGAGUCUUGAAUGAGAGGAGGGAGUCGGACUCGCAGUAAAGUGGAAUCAUCGACGUAAUCGUAAUCUAACUAAUAUAAUAAUAAAUAUACGCAUAAGAUCGGGAACGAUAUAAUCAACUUUAAUUACGUACGAAACCAUCAAGAACGUUAGACGCAUAAAGCCAUGUUUAAAGGGGUAGAUGGUAUAAAAUUACAAAAAAAAAAAAAAAGUAACAAAAAAAAAAAAGAUUUAAUAAUAAUAAAUUAUAGAUGAUCGAUCAUAAAUGAAUGAAAGCAUUGUGUUCAUUGAUUCAAUUUUUCUAUUUAUACGUUUCACCAUUACGUAACAAAAUUCUACUAAACGAUCAUGUUUCCAGAGUUAAAACGUUAAAAUGUUAACCAAGCUUCGAGUUGAUUAAUUUCGACAUCUAAAGAAGAAAUAAAAAACGAAAAAAGAAAAACAGAAUAGAAAAAAUGAAAAGAGAAAUAAUAAUAACUUUGUUAUAUCGUCUAAAAUCGUAUUAAACGAUCAAUAAUAGUUAUGUCUGUGUAUGUGCAUAUUUAUAUAUAUAUAUAUAUAUAUAUAUAUGUAUAUAUAUCAUGUUUAUAUAUACGUAUGUAUGCAUUAAUGUGUGUAUAUAUUUAUGUAUGUAUGUAUGUAUAUAUAACUACAGUGCUAAUAGUUUUCUCUUGUGGAACUUUG